CCGACGGGAGCGGCUGCGGCGGUUGAGGGGAGCGCCGCGUCACCAUGAGCACCUUCGCCUUGGAGGAGACGCUGGAGGCCGACUGGGUGGCGGUGAGGCCUCACGCCUUCCACGAGCGGGAGAAGCACAAGUUCGUCUUCAUCGUGGCCUGGAAUGAGAUCGAAGGCAAGUUCGCCAUCACCUGCCACAACCGGACGGCGCAGAGGCAGCGCAGCGGCUCCCGGGAGCUCCGCCGCGGCGGCAGCAGCACCAGCAGCCCCGGCAGCAGCCCCGGCGGCGGAGCCGAGCAGCGGCCCUCCAAGGCCGGCGGGAGCCCCACUGUGCGCCGGAGCCCGGCCUGGAGCGCCGAGCAAGGCCAAGCCAGGAGCUCGCCGGUUUCUCCGGCCCGGGCAGACUCGUUGCUGCGAAGCCCCGGCGGCCCGGCUCGGGCCAGGAGCAGUUCGGCCCGCAGGUCUCCGCUCGCUCCGGAGGGGCCGCUCAGCCUGGCGGCCUGCGGGACCGAGGAGCUGGAGGUGCUGGAGCUGGGCAAGGACGAGCCUGCGGGAGGCGCCGCCGCCGCCGCCACUCUUCUGCUGCCCUCCCCGCCCGCCGAGCCGUUGGCUGGGGCCUCUGCGGAGACCGAGGCGCCGUCGGCGGAGGAGUGCAGCUGGGCCGGCCUCUUCUCCUUCCAGGACCUGCGCGCCGUCCACCAGCAGCUGUGCUCGGUGAAUUCGGAGCUGGAGCCCUGCCUGCCGGUCUUCCCCGAGGAGCCUUCGGGCAUGUGGACGGUGCUCUUCGGGGCGCCGGAGCUGUCCGAGCAGGAGAUGGACGCCCUGUGCUACCAGCUGCAGGUCUACCUGGGCCACUGCCUCGACACCUGCGGGUGGAAGAUCCUGUCCCAGGUGCUCUUCACCGAAACCGACGACCCGGAGGAAUAUUACGAGAGCUUGAGCGAACUGCGGCAGAAGGGCUACGAAGAGGUGCUGCAGCGGGCCCGCAAGCGCAUCCAGGAGCUCCUGGAAAAACAUAAGAAUACAGAAAGCAUGGUAGAGCUGCUUGAGUUGUAUCAAAUGGAAGAUGAAGCAUAUGGUAGCCUUGCUGAAGCCACCACAGAACUCUAUCAGUACUUACUGCAGCCAUUCCGAGAUAUGAGGGAACUUGCAAUGCUCAGGCGACAGCAGAUAAAGAUUUCCAUAGAAAAUGAUUACUUAGGACCAAGAAGAAUUGAGAGUCUACAAAAAGAAGAUGCAGAUUGGCAGCGGAAGGCUCAUAUGGCUGUACUUUCUAUUCAAGACCUUACUGUGAAGUACUUUGAAAUAACAGCUAAAGCACAGAAAGCUGUAUAUGACCGAAUGCGAGCAGACCAGAAAAAGUUUGGCAAGGCUGCAUGGGCGGCAGCAGUGGAACGGAUGGAGAAACUUCAAUAUGCAGUUUCUAAGGAGACUCUGCAGCUGAUGAGAGCAAAAGAAAUAAGUUUGGAGCAGAAGAAACAUGCACUGAAAGAAGAGAUGCAGAGUUUACAAGGUGGCACAGAAGCCAUUGCACAUUUGGACCAACUAGAAGCUGAUUAUUAUGACCUGCAACUUCAGUUAUAUGAAGUGCAGUUUGAAAUCUUGAAGUGUGAAGAACUGCUGCUGACUGCUCAACUUGAAAGUAUCAAAAGACUUAUUUCAGAGAAAAGAGAUGAAGUAGUAUAUUACGAUACAUAUGAAAGUAUGGAGGCCAUGCUUGAAAAGGAAGAUAUGGCAACAUCUAUACACUUGCAAAGAGAAGAAUUACAGAAAUUGCAGCAGAAAGUCCGGCAACUAGAAGCAAGGCGUGGGCGAAUUUCAGCCAAGAAAGCCUACCUCAGAAAUAAAAAGGAGAUCUGCAUUGCAAAACAUAACGAAAAAUUCCUGCAGCACCUUCAAAGUGAAGGGCAGUCAAAUGCACAUCAUACGGGGAAGUUUGUGAGUUUGCAUUUGCAAGAUGAGGAAGAAACAAAAAGCUCAUGGGUUAGUCAAGAGCGGCAGAAAACACUGGAUAGACUUCGAACAUUUAAGCAGCGUUAUCCUGGUCAGGUAAUACUCAAAUCAACCAGACUCCGACUGGCCCACUCAAGAAGAAAAAGUAUAGCCAGUUCGGUAUCUUCUGCUGAUCAUCCCCUGUCUUUACCAAUAACCACACAGACUGAUGAGAGACCCCAAGAAGUGGGGCCAGAAAAAGUCACCCAACCCUUACAAAUCCAUGAGCCUAAGAAUUUAGUAGAAUAUGAAAAGACUUUUUUACCUCCCUAUGACGUUACCUCUGAAUUUUCUCAAACUACGUCUCUUCCGGCUGAACUGAAACCAGACGUAAUUGGUGAGGCACCACUUCCUCCUCCGCUCCCACCACCGCCACCACCUUUGCCCACCAAGGAACAAUCUACUCAGUGUUCUGAAAAAACCAGUAGCCCUGUUAAACAGGACAGCAUGGAGAAGCCAACCCUACUGAGCACCAUUGCACCAUCAGCUCAUUUCUUUGAUAGCAGUCAGUUAGUCAGUGCCAAGAAGAAGCUAAAGAAGACUGGUGAUUUAGAAGGACUGCAGAGGAGAAGAGUGAGUUCACCGAUGGAUGAGGUGUUGGCUUCUUUGAAGCGUGGAAGCUUCCAUCUGAGGAAGGUUGAGCAGAGAAACCUUCCUCCUUUCCCAGAUGAAGAUGACAGCAAUAACAUCCUAGCACAGAUAAGAAAAGGAGUGAAACUGAAGAAGGUGCAAAAGGACUUGAUGCGAGAGUCAUUCACAAUUUUGCCUGAUGAUGAUCCUUUGACACGCAGCAUCCAUGAAGCACUACGGCGAAUUAAGGAGGCAUCACCAGAGUCUGAAGACGAGGAGGAGAAUCUUCCUUGUACGGACUGGGAAAAUUAAGGUGCUAAGGAUUCCACAAGACACAGUUUUCCUUUCACUUCUGACCAUUCAGAAUCAGCAACUUCAGUCUGGGAAAGGCUUACUCUGACAAACAAUUUGAUAUGUAUAUGAGUCUCAAUACAUUUUUUUAAAUUCAUCGUAGAAGAUUGUGGUUGGACCAAACACUACCUUCUUUAGAUGUGCAUUUUGUGUAACACUGAGGAGAGUGAUCCCUUCAAGAUAUUUUCUAGUUCUUCACUCACUUUUUACAUUUGUGUGACAUACAGUCUAAGUAGCAGCUAUUGCAACAAAGUUUCUUCCUAAGUUUAACCAGGACAGGUAUGAAAACCAGUUCACUGAAGACUUUAAGAAACAAAUUACUACAUUCAUGUCAGCUUCUUACACAACAGCACAAUUACGUAAAGUUUAUCACUGUAUUUUUCAUGGAGGAGGUGGAUUUCAGAGAUAUUAUGCAUUUGUUAAUUACUCCAAAAAAAGAGAAAGAAAGUGCAAGAUAGUUUGAAAAUGAGAGGAGGUGGCUAUGCAGAGUAAUGGAAAGUAUCAUGGUGUGGAAGGCAUGUAUUUAAGAAUGUAUUUGUUUACAGCCUAAUACAUUUAAAAUGGUAUAUAUAAGAACCCUUUAGAAAGACAUGUAUACUGUAUACAUCAUAUAUUUUUAAAUUAGAUUUUUUCCCCCUUUGCUCUUAUGAAUAACAAUGUUUUAACUUCAGGGCUGAGUUAUAAUAAAGUUACAUAAAAUUUUAUUUAUAGAAGCAAUAUUUUGUAAUGACAAUUAUUAUAAUUAUUUUUGUCUUAGUUUGCCUGUCUUUGAUUAAUCUAAGAAACCUUUAUUUAAAGAGAAUGCAAAACUGAAAUAAGAUUUUACUUUUGUGAGAUUUGUAAUUUUUUUUCAGUUUUGUUGUUCCCUUUUAAUUGUUGGACAGAUCUGAAUUAUAUAACAGUCUGCUUAUUUGAAAAUACUUUUUCUUUUAACCCUGAUUGUAUAAUGGUGUAAUUGAGGCACAGCUUCCAGUACAGUGAAUAUCUAAAGCAACCUAAUCCCAAACAGCAUGACUCAUAGCUGCAGGCAGCUAGUUUUAUACUGAGCAGUAUUUCUGCACCAGGGUUAAUCUUGACCAUUUUAAAAUUCUGUGUUGGAUGGGAAUCUCCACUGUAGGAGAAUCUUGAGCUUACCCAGCUUUUUAUUUAAAACAGUUUGAUGUUUACUGAGCUUAAAAAACUAUGAUCCCUUAUCUUAGAAAAACGUGAUUCGCUAUACUCAUUCACUGUCCUGUUACAAGCAGAUUCCAUGAGUUUGUGUAUUAGAAAGAAUGCAUAUAAUAAUUCCUCUUACUUGUAUACAAAGAGGUUAAAUAUCUUGCCCUUU